CACACAGUCAGGUUGAUGGAGAGGAGAGGAGAGAGGUAGAGAGACGUGGUGAAGAUGUAGCAAACAACGGAAACAUAUAUUUUUUAACAUUCUCUGUUUGCCUCUACCGCGCAUUUGACUUUUCUCAACUUUGUUUACUUUACUUUUCGUAUUUCACGACCGUUUCCCCGCUUUACGGUCAGAGUCUUGUAUCCUUGGAAACGCGAACAACUGUCCUGCGAAGUUUGGAUCAAGUGUUACACAUUCAACCGGAAAAUAAACUGCAUAUUUACCCUCCAAGCUAACGGAACGGCCAGCGUGGUGCAUAUGGGCGUUUGUGGAAGUAUUUCAAACAGUUUUUAUUCAUAUUUAACGCUUUUCAUUUUAAACCCAGUGUUUAGGGAAACGGGACAGCGCGAGACAAUAGUGGUGUGAGAAAGAGCUCGUGCAGGGGGGAAUCGAUGCCUCGCGGGGGCUUUGUUCUGUCCGCGAGCCUGCUGCGGAUAUCGACUGACCGGCCGGUGGAUUUAUGAUUGCUUGGUGAUUGAUAAACGGACUCGGGAGCUGUUGGAACAACCAUGGACAUGACUCUGUCCGAGUUGCUGGCCGCUUUCAUGGAGUCGCCGCUGGUGGUGUGGGUGAGGACGCUGGGUCCUCUGGGUUCGUGCGACGACGCGGGCUCAGAGAAGAGCGUCAACACGUUCAUGGAGCUGGUGGACGGCGUCUUCCUGCACAAGAUCAUGACACACAUCGACCCCAGCCCAACCAAUCAGAGGCUGAACAAGAACGUGAACAACGACGUGUCUCUUCGCCUAUACAACCUGACCGUUCUCACCAGACACAUCAGGACGUACUACCAGGAGACCUUACAGCAGUUAAUAGUCAUGCCCCUUCCUAACAUCCUCUGCAUCGCCAAGGAUCCCAUAUCAGCUAAGAGCAUGGAGCAGCUGAAAAGACUUUUGUUGCUGAUACUAGGCUGUGCUGUCCAGUGUGAGCGUAAGGAGGAGAUGAUAGAGAAGAUCAAGCUGCUGGACAUUGAGACCCAAGCUGCCAUCGUGUCUCACAUCCAGGAGGUGACCCACAACCAGCUGAAUGUUCUGGACCUGUCCUGGCUGGAGGAAGUAUCGGAGCUGGCUCACGAAGAGCUGGCACCUCUGUCCCGUAACAUGGCUGUGUCGCUACAGCAACUCAUCGACCAGAGAGACAAAGCCAGUGAGGUGAUUGUGGAUCUGACCCAGGAGAGGGACUACCUGUCCAGUCAACAGCCCCAGGAAGGGUGCAGGAACCUGGGCAUGAGCAGCCCAGAGCGUGGGCAGAGAUCUAGGGGAGUGGGAGUAAAUAACGGUGGAUCGGCCUUGACUGUGCCAGGGCUGACCAAAGAGGAGAAGCAGCAUCUGUCUGUGGAGCUCGCUGACACCAAAGCCAAGCUACGCAGAUACAGACAAGAACUGGAGGAGAAGACAGAGCAGCUGAUGGAUUCAAAACAUGAAGUGGAGCGACUGGAUCAGGAGUUACAGAGACAGAAACAAGAGGUCAGGACCUAUUCGUUGACACUCUUCCUGUCCAAUCAGAUUUCAGAGUUGGAGAGCGAGAAGCAGCACCUCUCUGACGCUGUGGCGUCCCUUCAGGAGCGCGCUCAGUCAAACAACGAGGCGCGGGUCCGCGAGGUUGAAAUGGAGAACCGCCUCCUGCACCAGAGCAUCACCGACACCAGCUCCCGAUUGGCCAGCUUAGAAACCCAACUCAAGCUAGCCAGUGAGGAUGCAGAGAGGCUGAGGGAGAGGGCGGGUCGGUGUGAGGAGGUGGAGCGUGAGGCGGCGAGGCUGGAGAGGAGCAGGGACGCCCUGAACAGAGAGGUGGCCUCUCUGCGUGCAUGCAGUGAGCGGUCCGAGGCUCUAGAGAAGCAGAUGUCCUCCUUGGAGCAGGAGGUGCACAGGCUGAAGCGGGAGGCAGAGGAGGCCCAGCGGGAACAGCAGCGACUGGGGAGGCACGAGGUGGAGAACAGCCUACUGUCGAAGGAGAACCUGGAUUUGCGCUGCUCCCUGGAAAAUCUGCGCUCCUCAUCCGCCCGCCUGGCCACCCUCCAGGAGGAGCAUAAAGAGGCCCAGAGAGAGAUGCAGGAUCUGCAGAGGAGGCUGGAGGAGACCCGAGAGGAGGCACAAGGAGAAAGGAAGAGGGCAGAGAGGCUCGAGCUGAACGUGGCAACCCUGAACCAGGAGAAGCAUCGCUUAGAGGACAAAGUACAGAAGAGCAGAGAGGAGAGGGAGGACGAGGAGAGAGAGAAGCAGGACACCCAGGCCAGAGAGGAGGAACUGAGAAGGGAAGUAGGAGAGCUGAAGGAGGAGCGGAGAAGGAGGGAGGAAGUUGAAGAGGAGAGGAGGAAGCUCCAACUGGACUUGGAGCAGUCAGAGAAGGGCAGGAAGCACCUGGAAAAGGAGAGCUGGAGGAUCAGAACGCUGCUGGAGGGGAAGGAGACAGAGCUGGAGGAGAAAGUCAGGCGAUUGGCCACUGUGAAGAAAGAGGGUGCGACUCUGGCUAAGGAAGUAGAUAGGCUGAAGGAGGUGUCGGUCAAAGUCAAGGAGUUGGAGAGGGAGAACAAGGAGCUGCAGAAACAGGCAACUAUUGACAAGAGGACUCUGGUCACUUUGAGAGAGGAGUUGGUGUCCGAGAAGCUGAGCGUUCAGCAGCAGAGUGUAAAGUUGGAGAGACUCAACCAAGAACUGGAGAAGAUCGGGCUCAACAGAGAAAAACGAUUACAGCAACAGCACACACUGGAGGACAGCAAGUACAGGCUGCUGGAGUCUCGGCUCGAGGAAACCGUCCAACAGACGAUGAAGAUUAAAGAGGAGAAAAUCUCCUGUCUGGAAAAGAAACUGGAAGACAGCAACACACUCAACACUACGCUGCGUGCUAAGCUAGCCACCGGGGAAGAAAACCACAACUACCAGCAGUGCUCAGGAGGCGACCGGAGUCAAGGGUCAGCCACUGCUGAACUGCUCCGAAUCAAAGAUCAUCUCAUUGAAAUAGAAAAGAAUAAUGCCUCCCUGCAGACGGAGAGCAGUCUACUGAAGGGGCAUCUCAAACAGCUGGAGAACCAGAACACGUCUCUUAACAACCAGAUGUUGGGCCUGCAGCGACACACCACCACCCUGCAGGAGCAGAAUUCAGCCUUACAUACACAGACUGCAAAACUACAGGUGGAGAACUCCACGCUCUCCUCCCAGAGUGCAUCUCUCAUGGCCCAGAAUGCAGUCCUGCAGGGCCAAGUCACCGCCUUGGAGUCGGAAGUGGAAUCGUGGCAGAGGCAGCGCGAGGAGGCGUGGCAAGCCAGAGAGGGCGUGCUCAGCGACCAUGAGCGCCUGCUGAGCGUUCACGAGAGGCAAGCGCACGAGUACGAGCAGCUCAUCAGUCAGCACGCCGCGCUGAAGGGCAAGCAGAGGGCGCUAGAGGGCGAGCACCGGACGCUGCACAGCAAGUAUUGUACUUUGCUGCAGCAGAAGGAGAAAUGGGAGGAGCACGAGAGGCACAGUCUGAAAGAGAAGGAGGAGCUGAACCAGGAGAUCCAAAAGAGUUGUCUUCUACAACAAGAGAAUCUACAGCUUAAAACAGAAGUGGACAGGUUAACAGAGAGCCAAUCGCAGCAGUCAGAGCAAUGUGAGGGGCUGCAGCAGCGCAUGAAUGAAUGCAAGAGCUCAUUAAGCUCCGCCCAGCUGGAAGAGAGUCGAUGGAUGGCACGAUACGAUUCGCUAAUGGAGCAACACCAGGGCCUGGAUCUAACCAUGACCAAACUAGACAACCACUGUGAGCUGUUGAGCCGACUAAAAGGGAACCUGGAGGAGGAGAACCACCACCUCCUGAGUCAGAUCAACCUGCUGAGUCAGCAGAACCACACUCUACUAGAGAGGAGCAUGGAGAGCAAAGACCUGUAUCACCAGGAGCAGAAACUAUACAUUGAUAAGCUGAACGCUCUCCGUCGCCAGAAAGAGAAACUAGAGGAGAAGAUCAUGGACCAGUACAAGUUCUACGACCCCACACCUAAAAAGAGGAGUCAGUGGGCCGGAGCCAAAGCUUUAGCCAAACUGAUUAAACCCCGAAAGGAGAGCAGCAGGGAGAGAGGGGCCGACCGAGUCAAGGAGGGAGGCAGAGAGAGAGAUAGAGCAAAGAGUGCCCCAGACAUCCCACUGCCUUCCCCGCCCCCCCUCCUCCCUCCUGAAACCCCACCCCCUCUUCCUCAGCGUACAGGAAGUGACACACAGGACAGCGGCCAUGACCACAGUAACCAUAACAACCACACCAGCAGCACCAGCAUGGGACCCCAGAGUCCAGCGCUCACGCCCAUCGGCCGAGGUUUGGCUGACAGAGGCCGCGGUGUUUACCGUAGCAGUACUCCAGGAGGCAGCAGUGAGAGUGUCAAUGGAGAGGAUGGACACGGCCAAGGUCAGACCCAUAGAGCUUUGAGCUCAACUCCCAGCCAUCAGUCACCCUCAUUGGGCCUAACUACCAGCUCCAGACUGGGACAAGGUCUCAGCCGCAGGCCCAGAGGUCUAUUAUUUGAUGAAGACUCCCGCCACAACUCCUCUGACUCUAUGUUUGGUCAACAUGGCAACACGGGAGGUCGCCCAGGGUCAGCAGACUUCAGCCACCACACCUCCAGCUCCAACUCGCCUGUCAAUGGCAGAGGUACACACACACACACACACACACACACACACAGUGGCUCAGUGGUAGAGCAGGUCAUCCUGGGUUGUCUCUCACAUCAAUUUUUAGUUUAAAAAAACCCAAACCAUCUUGUGUCACUGCAUCCAAGGGAACGUUAGCUAGCUAACAGUAGUAAAACAGGUCUGUCUCUCCCUGGCAAUGUGUUGUGAAAUGCGAGGUGAUAUUCAAACAUAACUGGUCAUUGAAAUUAUGCAUUUUAAUUUGAUGUUCUUUAUUCAUAAGGUUUUUUUUUUUUAGUCAGGAGCACUGACUCAUCCUAUUCCCCACUACGUUUCACAGAUA